CUGCACUGCACUGCCACUGCCCACCCUUUUCCCACCUUUGUAAUAACUCGACUCAACUCAAGACGCGCGGAGCCUCUUGUCUCCGGGAUAGACAACUGCCAUCAGACAAGACAACAGGCAACUGCUUCCACCACCACCAACACCGCAACCAACACCAUCAGCACCAAGACUACCACCAAGACUACUACUACUUCACCCCCCGCCCCCGCCCACCCCGCGCCAUCGUCGUCGUCGUCGCGAACCAACCUAUCCGCGCCCGAACUCGGCUCACGAGCAAAAGCCUCACCACCCGCUCCCCGGACUUAGCCAACCACUCGUCGCCAUCAUGAGUUGGGCAGGCUUCAAGAAAACGGUCAACCGGACCACGGUCCAGGUCAUGAUGAAGGCUGGGCAGAUCGAGAAGACGAAUGAUCGCGAUUAUGAGGUUGAGGAGAGACGCUUCAGGACUAUGGAAGCUGCAGCUACAAAGCUGCAGAAGGAAGCUAAGGGCUACCUUGAUGCGCUGCGAGCCAUGACCGCGUCACAGAUGCGGAUUGCGGAAACGAUCGAUGCGUUCUACGGAGACGCGGGGACGCGGGACGGGGUGAGCCGGUCGUACAAGCAAGCGGUCGAGGAGCUCGACGCGGAAACGAUCAAGUCCCUUGACGGCCCGUACCGCACCACGGUCCUCGAGCCGAUAACCAGGUUCUGCGCCUACUUCCCGGACAUCAAUGAGUGCAUCAAGAAGAGGAACCAUAAGCUUCUCGAUUAUGACCAGAUGCGUGCGAAGGUCAAGAAGCUCGUCGAUAAGCCUGAUAAGGAUCCGUCAAAGCUGCCGAGGUCCGAGAAGGAGGCGCAGAUGGCGAAAGAGGUCUAUGAGGCGCUCAACGAACAGUUGACCACCGAAAUACCGCAGCUCAUCGACCUACGUGUGCCAUACCUCGAUCCGUCAUUCGAAGCUCUGGUCAAGAUACAGCUGCGAUUCUGUGCCGAGGCCUACUCUCGAAUGGCGCAAGUGCAGCAAUACCUGGACCCGGACACCCGCGAACAGUACGCACAGGGCCACCUCGAUCAACGGGUGGAACAGGUUCUCCAGGAGAUACGCGAUCUUAGUAUAGCGGGUACCUCGUAGACUUCACUUCCCAAGCGCACUGUUUUGGUUUUUCGUUUGGCUUGUUUUUUAUUUUUACGUUCGGUGUACGGACAGACGGACGGACGGAGGGGAGAGAGGUGUCGGCCUCUAUUAUACACCGUUGCUACCCAAUCGGUGGGUUCGGUUUCAAUGAUAUUUGCGCUUUUUUUGCUCUGUACUUUGUACUUUGUAUUCGUUACGUAACUUAGACUUGGACUUGGACUUGAAGUGGAGAGCUCUACGGAGCGGAACGGAGUGGUAUGGAGUGGAAGAUGCUAUGUAAAUUUACAGACUGGU